AUGGAUGAUGGAACGCUUGUGGAGGGACCGGGAUCGGGAGGGGGCGAGCAACAAGUAGCCGAUCAGCUUCCAACUAUAGCUCACCUGCCAACUGAGAACGAGGGGGGUUCUAGCCUCCGCUUUGAAAAUUUAAAUUUGGCAUCAGAUAAUUUGGUUGCCCGGCGCUCGAAGCCAUUGCUCCCAUUAUUUUGUGGCCCUACUAACCCGUCCUUUUGUAUCAACGUGAUAAGCAUGAGUCUUAAUGAGACAGAAGGCAAUUGGGAAUAUGCAGCGUCAACCCGAGGUCGUGAGACCCUCUCGAUCUUGGAUGGUGAGAUCAUUGUUGAUCGUGAAGAUGAGACUGUUGAAAAGGAGCCGACGGAUCAGGGCUUGUACACCUCCUUGGCUUUACUUACGGCUAGCGGUAAUGGUCUACUUCUAGAUCCUCUACAAGAAUUCGAUACAGGAAGAGCUGUCCAUCUCGUACAGCUUUACGAUGAUCUGGUCGGAGUAAUACACCCCUUUAUAAAUGCUGAUGACCAGAUCCGAAUUGUCAGAGGCCUCUGCACCGGACUGGUACAGGACCCGCGUAUUACUGGUCCUACAGACUCUGAAUCUGCCAAAAUGCAAAUGACUCAAGGCGACGUCAACAUCAUUAAGAUGGUGCUCUCAAUUGCGUUACUUAUGGAGGGAAAGGGCCAAAGUAGCUUGGCAACGAAACUGUACGAGAGCCUGCGAGGUGACGUGGAAUCGAAGAUGUGGAGCAUGGCAAUAGAAGUCAACGAUUUAGAUCUGCUGAUACUGGUCAGCUUGUACCAUUUCAUUAAAGGCGAUUGGCGACUUGCCUGGCGCGUUACUGGUACCCUCACACGCAUUAUCCUUGAGUUCGGACUACACCGACGAAAAGUGGUUCUGCGCAUAUUUGACGACCCCGAGGAAGCCACGAAAGCUGUUAAUACAUUUUGGACCAUCUUUGUGCUCGACCGGCAGUUCAGCUACGCUUUAGGUCUACCUAAGAAUCUUCAAGACGUGGAUAUUGACAGUGAUUUCCCGCUACCGGAAACUGCGCCUUACUUAAAAGCCAUGGUCGAGUAUUGUCGUCUUGGGGCCAGGAUAUGUGACUCGCUCUCUAAUGCUCUGAGUGGCCAGCCGCGUGGUGUAGCCGAAUGGAAGGAAUCUCUGGAUUUCUUUCAGUAUCGUCUGAACCAAUGGCAAGAGAGACAUAUCCCUCAGGAACUACACUUCGUCCAUGAAAAUCCCAGUGUUUGGAGGAUUCGCCACAUUCGUACCCUGCUCUACUUGCGGGCUAAUCAUCUCCGGCUUCUCAUGAUGCGCCCAGUGCUUUGCUGCUCAAAUCUUUAUAUUGUGGCCGACGCACCAUCGUGGACAAUGGCAGUAAAUAUCGCCUGUGAAACGACUCAAAUUUUGAUCGAGCUAAAUACUACGACUGACAUAUACCAACUGCAAGAGACCCAAUACAACUACUUCCUCGUAACAGCGCUGGGAGUUCUACUGGUGGUAUUGGCUCGAGAGUCUCAAUCGUCUCCGUCGAAAGUUUUACAGGAUGUACAAAUAGAGCAGAUCACACUCAACGAGGCGCGCAAGUCCUUAUCAACCGCGCUGGAUCUUCUUCAGACCCUUGCGGUGUUCUCGAUCGCAUCAAGACGUCAAUCCCUCAGAGCGUCUGCCCUAUGUUACCGACUUGGCCUUCUCCCUAUGGCCCUUUCGAACGACCAAAUACCCACAUCGAAUGAUAUGGCCUUCGGCCUCCCGGUCCAAGAUUCGUUUGCUAAUACCGAAAAUUUCCCAGGUUUAAUUUUUCCAGGAGUCGACUCCGAGUCAUUCUGGGUUGGUCUAGAUCUACCUAGCUUAUAGUAGAGACAGGAAUUUAGAACAGCGACAGAUACUUGUUGAAUUUACUCUUCAGUAGUACGACGAGGGAUCCAAGGUUUUAAGACUAGAGAA